CGAACUGAUCCGUGUUCACAAGACAUCAGCUGGGUAGAGAUGGGUCUCGAGUACGAAGACGCUCCCAGGAGAGAAGCGCACGAGCACAAUGCAAACUCUUUUCGGGCAUGGGAGAAAGAAGAAAAGCCCCGACCUCGUGCACCACACUCCGCCAUUGCCGCUAAGAUCCGAAUAGAGAAUCUUUCGAUAUGCGACUCCAACAGAAUACACCAUGCAGGUCGUCGCGAUCGCCGCCGCAUUGGCUUCCGGCGUUGGCAUGGCACUGGUGAAUCUCGUCUUCGGCCGAUUGAUCACCCUCAUCACCGCGUAUACCACGGGCGCGUCUUCGGACGAGGCCUUUCGAAGGGACGCGAGUCGCUUGCCCACGUUGCUCACCCUGGCCGCGUUCCGCCUCACCCGUAACAUCCGCCAUGCAUACGUCAAGGCGAGAUUAACACAGGAAGCGGCCUUCUUCGACGCGGGAUCCGGGGUCGCCAUCGCCACGCAGGCGCUCUCCAAUGGCCGAAGCAUUCAGACCGGCAUUUCCGAGAAGCUGGGCCUGGUGUUUCAGUCCGGGUCGACGUGCAUAUCCGCCGCGGGCUUGGCCUUCGCCACCCAGUGGAAUUUGACGCUCAUCUGCAGCUGGAUCGCCCCGGCUACCUUGCUGGUGAUGGGGGUCACCGCCGGCCUGGACGCCUCCAUCGAAACUCGCGUUUUGAAGCUUCAAGCACAGGCGGGAUCGUGGGCUCACAGCAUGCUCGGCAGCCCUCGGACACUCCACGCCUUUGGGCUGCGGUCACGGCUGCUGCGAGAGCUCGACACCCUUCUGCGGCAGGCCCGUCAGCUCGGACACCGGAGAAGCCCGGUGUACGGGAUUAUGUUCGCGGGGGGAUAUCCCAUUGCUCAUGCGGGAUUUGCGCUCUGCUUCUGGCAGGGUGUCGAAGAAUGUACGCGGCGCAGAAUCUUGACCCGCGGCAGCCCUAUCAGCUUCAUGGCGCUGUUUCUUCUGAUGCUUUACUCGAAAUAUUGUACUAUUAGCGUAUUUGAGGUCGAAGGGAUUCUUUUGUUAGGGUUGGCUGAGGUUGAGUAG